GCUCCUCUGGAGACGGCAUCGGGACCCUCAGCUGGAGAUGAUCCCCAGGGUCAUGAGAAGACAGCGCCUCAGCCUCCUCACCUUCCUGGCUCUGCUGGGACUGCUCGUGGGACUUGCAGACCUCAGCCACGGCCACGCUGCCGAGGAUGAGGAUUACUACAUGCAGGAGCUUCUGACCAGAGAACAGUACAACCAGGUCCAAGGAGCAGAGCAGCCUGUGGCCUCGAUACCUGACAGGCAGGAGCGCCCCGGCCAAACUCCCGCCAAGAAAGCGCCAAAGGGAAAGGCAGACACCGGCAGGCAGACAGAUAAAGACACCACUGAGGCAAAAUCAGUGAAACCGGCCAACAAAAAGACUGAGAAGAACAAGAAGAACGCCUUGAAAAGCCCAAACAGCGUCUCAGAAGGAGAGGGCCAGUACAGCUCAAUAAAGGAGGAAUGCCCCCCAAUGGGACUGGAGACACUGAAGAUUGACGAUUUCCAACUUCACGCCUCAACUAUGAAACGCUACGGCCUCGGAGCACACAGAGGUCGUCUCAAUAUCCAGGCUGGCCUUUACGAGGAUGACCUUUACGACGGGGGCUGGUGCGCCGGGCGAGACGACCCGCUGCAGUGGUUUGAGGUUGACGCCAGGAGGCUGACCAAGUUUACAGGGGUCAUCACACAAGGCAGGAGCUCCCUCUGGUCGAGUGAUUGGGUGACCUCGUACAAAGUCAUGGUGAGCAACGACAGUCACACAUGGAUAACACUGAAGAAUGGGUCGCAGGACUUGAUCUUCAUUGGCAAUAGGGAAAAGGAGAUCCCAGUUCGGAAUAUAUUCCCUGCACCGGUGGUCGCCAGAUACAUCCGAGUCAACCCUCGCUCUUGGUUCAGCAGUGGCAAUAUCUGCAUGAGGGUGGAGAUCCUUGGCUGUCCUAUGCCAGAUCCCAAUAACUAUUACCACAGACGGAACGAAGUCACAACCACAGAUGACUUGGACUUCAGGCAUCACAGCUACAAAGAAAUGCGGCAGCUCAUGAAGGUGGUUAAUGAAAUGUGCCCGAACAUCACCAGGAUCUACAAUAUAGGCAAGAGCCACGGCGGCCUCAAGCUGUAUGCCAUAGAGAUCUCUGACAACCCAGGAGAGCAUGAAGUUGGUGAACCGGAGUUUCGCUACACCGCUGGUUCCCAUGGUAACGAGGUGCUGGGUCGCGAGCUGCUGCUGCUGCUGAUGCAGUUCAUGUGCCUGGAGUAUCUGUCUGGCAACCCGCGCAUACGUCACCUGGUGGAGGAGACCAGGAUCCACCUGUUGCCAUCUGUCAACCCUGAUGGGUACGAGAAAGCCUUUGAAGUGGGGUCAGAGCUCAGUGGCUGGUCUCUGGGCCGCUGGAGCCAAGACGGAAUAGACAUUCACCACAAUUUCCCUGAUCUCAACUCCGUACUGUGGGAGGGUGAGGCCAAGAAGUGGAUCCCUCGCAAAAUGUUCAACCACCACGUGGCCAUUCCAGAGUGGUACCAGUCCAAAAACGCCACAGUUGCCGUGGAGACACGCUCCCUGAUAGCCUGGAUGGAGAAGAUGCCUUUCGUGUUGGGUGGCAACCUCCAGGGAGGGGAGCUGGUGGUGACCUUCCCAUACGACAGAACUCGGUCUCAGGGGGUGACCAGGGAGCAGACCCCCACCCCCGAUGACCACGUCUUCCGCUGGCUGGCCUUCUCCUACGCUUCCACCCACCGCCUGAUGACUGAUGCCAACCGACGCGUCUGCCACACCGAGGACUUUGCCAAAGAGGAUGGCACCAUCAACGGGGCGUCGUGGCACACUGCGGCUGGCAGUAUGAAUGAUUUCAGCUAUUUGCACACCAACUGCUUUGAGUUGUCGAUGUAUGUGGGUUGUGACAAAUUCCCUCAUGAGAGCGAGUUGCCAGAGGAGUGGGAGAACAAUCGCGAGUCUCUGCUUGUCUUCAUGGAGCAGGUGCAUCGUGGGAUCAAAGGUGUCGUGAGGGAUCUGCAGGGGCGGGGAAUAGCCAACGCCAUCAUUUCUGUGGAGGGCAUCAGCCAUGACAUACGCACAGCUUUGGAUGGAGACUACUGGCGCUUGCUCAAUCCAGGAGAGUACAGAGUGACAGCCAGGGCCGAGGGCUACAGCCUCUCCAGUAAGAAGUGCGAGGUGGGCUACGAGAUGGGCGCCACCAGGUGUGACUUCACCAUCGGCCGCACAAACCUUUCACGCAUCAAAGAAAUCAUGGAAAAAUUCAACAAGCAGCCCAUCAGAUUGCCUGUCAGGCAGCUGCAGGCCCGCAGGCCCAGAGAACGGUAUCUGGGAGCGUUGGGAUGAGGGAUCCAGAGGAAGAAGAAGAGUCAAAGGAAUACUCCAAAGUUUUGGGCAAAAUACUCUUUUUCCCUUUCACCG